AUGUGCGUUGGCAUCACCUUUCUGAUUUGCCUUUUGAUCGCGGCGAAGCUCAGAACUGGCUACACUGCAGGAAGGGUUGUUCCGGAUAGGUUUGAGUUUUCACCUGACCACACACCUGACCACUGCAGAUUGACAGCAAGGUACAUCAACCAACGUGCCCAGCAAUUAUUUCGUUGCACUGAUUUUCACUGCUCUGACCUUGGGGACUACGGGACAGAGUGGAUUGACUUUGUCUCUACUUCAGUUACCUGUAUUGCUCCCAAUUUGAGUGCGCUGAUUUCAUCUCCAACUGCUGACGACGGAUUUCACACAAGCGACAACACAGCAUUGUUCAGCUGGACACCAGUCACAUCGACGCGUUACGCAACUGGGGAGGGUUGUCUCGAUGAGUCAUGGAUCGAGACUGAAGCAGACUUCAAUGCCUUCAGCCUUUACAACCUUUUGACUGCAAACUCACAUGACAAAGCGCUGCCAAUGGACUACGGUCCUGAGAGUUCUGAUAGGCCAUGCAAACCACUAAAUGGGGUACAGAAGCGCAGCUACAAACGGGCGAUUCGAAGGGCGCAGCAAUGUGGCAGUGCUUGGUAUCGUGGCAAAUGCAUGACGUUGGAUCAGCUGGCACCUGGCACUAAACCGAUCAGAUCAUCUCCCGGUCGACAAAACACACAACCACCCACGAGGCAUCAUCAGAUUCCACAGAAUCGAAUGCAUAUUGGACAUGUGAACAUGGGUGGACUAGCACAAGAACGCCUCCACGAGGUAAAGAUCUGGGCGCUUCAGUCAGCACUGGAUAUUUUGCUUCUGAGUGAAACGCGUUGGUCAUUUGAAGCGGAGUGGACUGAUCAGUGGUGGUACCAUAUCCAUACCGGAACUGGGAGUGACAAGGCUGAUGGGUUGCUCUUUCUCAUCCGAAAAUCCUUGUGCCGUCCAGACCAGAUUGGAUUCAUAGCUCCACUGCCAGGACGCCUUGGACACCUGAGGCUGCAUUUCCAGAAGAGAUCCAUGGACAUCCUAGGAUGCUACCAAUAUGCUGACACCAUUGAACAUCACCGCAUGCAUCACCGUAGUCUGUUUUGGAACAAGCUGGAACAACAUGCUGCGCACUUGCCGCACCGCAACAGUGUUCUCAUUUUGGGAGAUUUCAACUGCAGUGCUAUGCCACUCGGACCCUAUGCUGGCACCAAUAAGCAUACAUGGAGAGGAGCACUUUGCACAAGCUCCCCACAUCGUGACAGUCAUGUCCUCAUGGAGUUUUUGCAGAAGUUUAAUCUCAACAUUUUGAACAGCUGGAAUGCAAAGAAUCCCCCAACGUUUGAACAUAGCCUUGCAGCCUCCAGCAUUGAUCACAUGAUCAUGAGAAUUGCCGACACUGAUGCCACUGCCAAAGAUGUGAAAUUCAUUACUGCAGCCCCUUUUUUGCCACUGACUGGCGCUCGGCACACGCCAAUGAUUUGCUCCAUCCGAAAAAUCCCUUAUGUUUUCACACGGAAAGCACAGGCCAGUGUGUGCAAUUUCCAACAGAGACUUCGAUGCAGACGCUCCUGGCAGUCCCAAGAUGCUACAUGGCAACAGUUUCACAAUUGUUUCACACAGAGGUUUUAUGAAUUCAGCCAACAACAGCAUGAUGACCAUACCCUCAUAGAGGACAUGCACACCCACUUGCUGCCGACGUUUCACCAGGCUUUUCCUAAGGAAUCCACCCUUGCCCAACCACUGAGUGCACCCACCAGAGAUCAAGGACAGGUCAUUCAGCAACUAUGGAGGCAUAGGAUCUGCGUUGCACAAUGUCAGGAAGUUGAUCUGAAAUCCCUGUUUCAGGUUUGGUUUCAUUAUGGCAGGUAUCGACAGCUGAAAAGACUGCAACAGCGCAGGACCAGACAGCUGAAACACCAGAAGAUGCAAGACCUGCUCCAAGAAGUUGCACAUGCAUCCCACAGACAUGACAGCUUUGCCGUUUAUCAAACCAUUCGGAAGUACACGCCCAAACAACCCAUGAAACGCAUACGACUCCGUUUGAUGGAUGGCACACCUGCCAAUGCUGAACAGGUGAUGCACAUGACCAGGGACUACAUUCAGGAGAUCUGGCAUGAUUCUGACCCUAUCAGGCUGAAUCAACCGGCACCAACAGGCAUUCCGUUUGACUUGAAUGAACUUAUUUUGGAAAUAUCCAAAAUACCUGUCACCAAAGCAGUAGCACGCAGCUGCCUUCCUGGCAUUUGCUGGAAGACCCAUGCUCGACAGGUCGCUGAGUUUUUUUAUGCCAAGCUCCAAGACUGGUGGACCCAGCAACCAGUGUUCAUACCCCAGCAGUGGAAAGAUGCACAUUUGACUUUCAUCAGCAAACCCUCCAAGACCCCAGAUAGACUAGGCCACCUUCGGCCGUUGGCUCUGUUGGAACCGGUAGGGAAGUGCAUCUUAGGUCUCAUCACAGCUAAAUUUGCUGCUGCAGUCCAGCCACUGCUUUGUCCCUGGCCACAAAUGGCAUUUAUGCGUCAAAGAUCAACCUAUGAUGCCAUUCGCAGGGUCAUCACACAUUGCAACAAGGUCAGAACCAUGACCGCCUCUCAGCGUCGCAGUGUGCAUGCCCGAGCCAAGCAAGAACCCUGCUAUCAGGUAUGUGGAGGGAUUCAAGUGCUGUUGGACGCAAACAAGGCCUUCGAUCUUGUACCCAGAAAGUCACUUUUUGGCUUCAUCAAUGCCCUGCCCAUCGAUCAGGCUCUGUUGACCAUUCCUGGCGACGAGGCAGUGGACCCAUCCAGGCAUUUUGCCUUGAGUAUUCAGAACAGGAUGGCUACUGACCAGACGUAUCCGAAACUGACCCCUGCGGCGUUGACUCUGUUGAUGACCAAACCAUAUGGACCUACAGCACUGAACUGUGUCCGUGAACGCAAUUGGGAUGCCUUGCAAACCCAGCCUGAUGCCCUGACAGACUGGACACAUCACUGCGUUCUUUGUGGAUUUUUUUGCAAUAGACCGCAGGAUUUGAACCUGCACAUGCGGACGCAGCAUCCAACAUUGCUGCCGCACGUGAUGUCCAAGGCCAGCCAAUUAGGGCGUGCACAAGCUUCAAAUUCUCCCUGCAGGUUUUGCAACAAGACAUUUCGAAGGGUGCAUCAAUGUCCAGUCAUGGUUCAGGCAGCUUUGCUUUUGGUCAACACAGAUCCAACGGGCCAGUCCUAUCAAUGCCCAAGCAAUGAAGUUCUGCGUUGUGAUGUUUGCGCUGAACAUUUUCAGGAGCUGCACCAACUUCACAGACACUUGCAUCAGCAACACAGAUUGGAACCGCUUGACUGGGAUCCCCUUCGAGACAUGUUAGAUGGAACACAGCCGGUGUGCUCACACUGCCUUGCUAUUUUCACAGAAAAAUCAGCUCUUCGGCAGCAUAUCACGUUGGGGCAAUGCCAGAACUUCAACCCGGCCAAACAGCCCACUGAAUCACCUGUCUCUGCUGAAUGGCAGGAGCUCCUCCAAUCCGGAGAUAUUGCUCAACUCUGUCAGGCUCCACAGAAGCGUUUGCACUUGACCUUGCGAUGUCAAUUUUGCCAGACGUCUUUCCAAAGAACGGGAGAUCUCUCACUCCAUCUUCAAACUGUUCAUAGUGUGUUAUGGAGGGAAUCUCAAUCACAUGUUCAACUAUUGGUGGAAGCGGGACGUAGGCUUGGAUGUCUGUGCAAUCCCAUGACUAAUGCCAGUGGCCUCCAGCACCUUUGCGUUGCUUUCAGGCAGCUUGGAAUGAUGGUGCAGAAGAUGGCGCAACCCAUGUUCCUGCCUUGGGCGUUUGAGCGUGCACAGCUGCGACAGUUUUUGGCAGCUGUACAUCAUGAACCUGCAAGUGAGCGACUGUGUGAUGUCUUGAUUGCCAGACACUUUGACCAACUGUGGACGGACCCCCUGCUGGUGCAGUUUUUGCGCACUAGAUGCCUGCUUUGUGGCCUUCAAUUUCAUCCUGCUGAAGUGACUGGCCACUUGCACAGGGCCCAUUCCUCAGCCUUGCAUGACCAUCGAGCCAUGAUGCCACAGCUGUUGACAGCCAUGAGCCGAGAAAAUCAACAUGAUCAUCAAUGUGAACUGUGCACACAGAUCUACAAUUAUCCAGCGCAUGGCCAUGAAGAUGCACAGGAACUCACUGAUCGAUCAUUGCCCUACAAACUGCAUUGCUUCUUCAAGAUCAUGGACUACUCGCCACACUUCACGGCAGAGGACUCCGAAAUGCUGGAGACGUUCAAGCAGAUGGGCUCACUGCUCACACAAGAAAGGUACGCUCGACCAGACGCCGCCAGGGAGAGCAAGAAACACAAGCCGAAUGGGGCAACACCAGAAGAACCAGACGUCGCAACGAUGCCACUACUGAGGGCAAUGGGCCAACUACUGCUACGAGUGGAUGCGGAGCAACAAGCUCUCAAGCGUCAAGACUCAUGGAUUUGCUUUAUGCAAACCGAGCCGCAGGCCCUGCUCCCAGCGCUGGUCCAGAAAGCAGCCGAAUGGAAACAGCGGCUGACAGUGAAGCAGGAGACCCCGGAGGUGCCUUUCUUGCCCCUGAGAUGUUACCUGACCCAACACCUGGCGGCCACACUGAAUCAGAGGGUUACCCGACUGGCCAGCUGCGGCAACGAGGAUCCAUUGAAGAAAGUGGCCCUGGAUCAGGGAGUUCUGUCCCCGGAGGGCCAGUUCAUGUUCCAGCGCUGGAGCCCACAAGCACAGAGCCUCAAGACCACGGGCCAAACUCCCAUCUCCCUGCAGAGGAUGGCGAAGUACACAGAGCAACUCAUGGAGAUCCUGAAAGACCCCAGUGUCACGGUGAAAUUCACCAGCUUGAGGCCGAUGUCAGCAGAUGCAGUGGUGCCGUGGAUUUGGCAAAUAUCCAUGCGAGCGGACGACCUACAAAUCCUGCUGACAACGUUGCAGGGAUGCACGGUAUGGGCGCUGUUGGGCCCCCCUUUACAUGAAGCCCCAUGCCCUUCACCAGAGCAAACAGGGCCAACAGCUCCAGUCACUGCUGGGGAAGGGACAGGGCAAAGCGCCGAGCAAAGGACGGGGCAAACAUCAGAACAAAGCCAAAGUGCAGCAAUAGUGGAUAGCUCUGCAGAUGUAGCCCUGCCAGACAGACAUUCUUUGCUGCGGGGCCUGGCCAACAUCAGAUUGGCCAACGACUCCAACUGGUGCUACGUGAAUGCGGCCUUCCUGACCACACUUUGGUCAUAUCUGAGUCUUCAAACGUUUGACUUAGAACAGUGGGGAUCUCAUGCCAUCCCAAUUGCCCAACUUUUACAUCGAUCCGGUUCGGAACCUAUUGAACUGUCAAAGAUUGAUUUUUUGCAACCAGUUUUUGAACAAUGGCAGCAUUUGGGCAAUCAGGGUGACCCGGUUGAAUUUCUUGCUCACCUGAUGCGGGGACUCAGCUUUGCUGGCAUCAACUUGAGUUGGGAAAAGCGUGUGCAGGUUGGUCUUCUCACUGAAGUCAUGGAUGAAAGUGAUGCAUACACGCCACUUAUUUUGCAAUUCGAUCCAGCUAUGUUACAGGAUGACUCCUUAACAUUGAGCCAAAUGAUUCGUGAUUGGUCCAAUCAAGAUGGCAUGGUGACUGCGCUGACGCACCAGACACCUCUCAUCUGUGUGCAACUGGACCGCCACAUUCGCUCAGGCACUGGACAUAUUGCCAAGUGCGACAUCCCAGUCAAUUUCCACUGGGGCAUUGACUUGCCUUUUUAUGAUGGACAGGACCUUGCCAUUCACUGGCGCUCAUACAGAGUCAUUGCCGCCAUUGCGCACUUAGGUCAUGACACAGCAGGGCACUGCAGAACCAUGUUGAGAGUCCAGAUGAACUCCACAGCGCGGGAACCAUAUAUGUUUCUAUUGACUGAAGAUUGGAUGCAGGCCAAACCGGUCUGGAAGGAGCCUUCUUGGUUUUUGCGCAACAUUUCCUGCUUUUGGCUUGGUGAAUGUGACCUCGUUGAUCUGCAUCAGUUUCCAGCGCCUGCCCCAUGUCACACCAUGCGACUGAAUGCAGCGACGCCUCCUGUGGUGGGUGCCCAAGAUUUUCUUAGCCAUUUUGUUGAGGGAACCGAUGACAGUGUCCUUAACACCUGA